AUGGCCUUUAGAUAUCGAGAAGAUUUAGUUGGCAAACGAUUUUUAUCUGUGAGUGGUGUGACAAAAAUUGAUGUGAAUAAAGCCUCCGAAUGGGGAUGGAAAGCUGGUGUUAUCAGGGCAGCAUCCCACAAAGAUAAUAAGAAUAGAGAUCUACAGCUGAUAGCAGAGUUGUGCAAGUGGCAGUGGCGUGCACAAAGAUCGCUAGGGCGAGGGCGGGAAGUGGGUCAGCGGGGUGCGGGAGGGGUGGGCCCUUAG